UCAUUGUCAACGUGUUCUUUUCCGUACUCUGUUCCAGGACAUCCCUGGAGAUGCUUUGACACCAUUGGAGCUAUCCUAUGUCACGACGAAGUCUCUUUGUUAAAGACCAGGAAAUACAAGCAGAUUUGGAAAAACUCAGCAGUCAGAGGGAUCAGAAUAUUCAUUCCAAGUGACUAUGGAAGAGCUAAAGGAAAAUCAGACAGAUAUUCAACUUUUUGUACAGAGAUCCAAGAAUAACCAUGACAAGAAGCAGCAACAUGAAAAGAUGCAGGAAGCUAUCAGAGACAUGCCAAAAUCAUCUUACAUCUCAGAUGAUACAAUGGAAAACUUGAAUGAUAUGGCACAUCAGGAUCCUUGGGUGAAAGGAGGAACCAGUGCUUUGCAGCCGGAAGUAUCCACCAAUGCGGAGGAGCUGGAACAGCUCUGCAGCAAGCAGGUCACAGCAGCUGAUACUCAGUUGGAGAGAGUGAGGUGGGAUUCUGCACUGGCUAGACUGAAAUAUAAACAUGAGAAUAAUGAAAAGCAAAGGCUUCAUGAAGAGAAAAUGGAACAGAUUCAUCAACAGGCAGCAAAAAUACCAUUUAGCCAAGGACUCCAUGACCUCUUCUGGCCCCCAAACCAGAAUGCCUUAUUCCUGUGCUGCUUCAUCUUUAUUCGUGUUAUUUAUACAGUAAGAGAGUUGGCCUUCUUUCUUGUUAUGAAGCAUUAUGUUUUCUGUUUUGCUAUUGUACUCUGUUUCAUUCUCAAAAAGAUCUUCCAGGAUUACAAAAAUAAGAAAAAAUGUUCUUAAAGAAGGCAGCUUAUUUUACACUUGCUCUGCCCCUGUUUUCACUGCCUUUUUAUUAUUCUUUCUUCAGUACACCAAUCACACACACAGAAUUUUAGCUAUCAUUACAUGAACAGUGGCCUAGUUUCACAAAGUUAACUUAUUUCCUCAAGAAAAUUGUGAAUGAAUGACAUUGUUGG